AAAAACCUCAAAGGACCUUGUUUUCCUUCUUCCUGGAUGAAUUAUUGAUCAGAAGUCCUCUUUCCAGCCGGCGCUGCUGGGAUGAUCGCUGGGAUGGGAACAGGAAGUUAACGUCACCGACAGAGAAAUGAGACUGACGAAAGAAAACACCACCACCACCAUGAUGAUGAUGAUGUUGAGGGGGAGAACGCCAAACCCGUUAGUUUAGAAGAGUAAAAAGAAGAGAAAUACGCCUAGCUUAAUCUGAGGAAAAGGAUGAGUUGCUAUGUCGGGGCUGGAACUGAGGCAUCAGGAAGGGUAACGGCGCGUUGCUAAAUGGAGUCGGAGCAGCUCUACCACAGAGGCUACUGCAGGAACAGCUACAACAGCAUUGCCAGCGCCAGCAGUGACGAGGAGCUACUGGAUGGAGCCGGCAUCAUCAUGGACUUCCACACCACCGAGGACGACAACCUGCUUGAUGGGGACGCUGCCUCCCCAGGCUCUAACUACGCCAUGUCUAAUGGGGGCGGGGCAGCCAGCAGUACCACCCAUCUGUUGGACUUCCUGGAGGAGCCCAUUCCAGGAGUGGGAACGUACGACGACUUCCACACCAUCGACUGGGUGCGCGAGAAGUGCAAGGACCGCGAGAGACACAGGAAGAUCAACAGCAAGAAGAAAGAGUCGGCAUGGGAGUUCACCAAGAGCCUGUACGACGCCUGGUCUGGGUGGCUGGUCGUGACGCUCACCGGCUUGGCAUCAGGUGCUUUGGCUGGCCUGAUUGACAUUGCUGCUGAUUGGAUGAAUGACCUGAAGGAAGGCGUUUGUCUGAGCGCCAUGUGGUUCAACCAUGAGCAGUGCUGCUGGACGUCCAAUGAGACCACCUUCGCUGAGAGGGACAAGUGUCCUCAGUGGAAGAGCUGGGCCGAACUAAUAUUGGGACAGGCUGAGGGCCCCGGCUCUUACAUCAUGAACUACUUCAUGUACAUCUACUGGGCUCUGUCCUUCGCCUUACUGGCCGUCUGUCUGGUCAAGGUUUUUGCUCCGUAUGCCUGCGGCUCAGGAAUCCCAGAGAUCAAGACAAUCCUGAGUGGGUUCAUCAUCCGGGGCUACUUGGGUAAGUGGACCCUGAUGAUUAAGACCAUCACUCUGGUGCUGGCGGUGGCGUCGGGGCUCAGCCUGGGGAAGGAGGGCCCCCUGGUCCAUGUGGCCUGCUGCUGCGGGAACAUCUUCUCCUACCUCUUCCCCAAGUACAGCAAGAACGAGGCCAAGAAGCGAGAGGUUCUGUCGGCCGCGUCGGCUGCUGGGGUCUCUGUAGCUUUCGGAGCACCGAUUGGAGGAGUUCUGUUCAGCUUGGAAGAGGUGAGCUACUACUUUCCUCUGAAGACCCUGUGGCGCUCUUUCUUCGCCGCCCUGGUGGCGGCCUUCGUGCUGCGCUCCAUCAACCCCUUCGGUAACAGCCGCCUGGUGCUGUUCUACGUGGAGUACCACACUCCCUGGUACCUCUUUGAGCUUAUCCCCUUCAUCCUUCUGGGCGUGUUCGGAGGACUCUGGGGCGCCUUCUUCAUCCGAGCCAACAUCGCCUGGUGCCGGAGACGCAAGUCCACGCGCUUCGGGAAGUACCCAGUAUUGGAGGUGAUCCUGGUGGCCGCCAUAACAGCGGUGGUUGCUUUCCCCAACCCCUACACCCGUCAGAACACCAGUGAGCUGAUCAAAGAGCUGUUCACUGACUGCGGCCCGCUGGAAUCCUCCCAGCUGUGCCAGUACCGCAGCCAGAUGAACGGCAGCACCGCUUACACGGACGACCCAAACCAGCCAGCGGAGCCGGGCGUCUACUCAGCCAUGUGGCAGCUCUGCCUGGCGCUCAUCUUUAAAAUCAUCAUGACUAUAUUCACAUUUGGACUGAAGGUACCGUCGGGCUUGUUCAUCCCCAGCAUGGCCAUUGGAGCAAUCGCAGGGCGAAUUGUCGGCAUCGCCAUGGAGCAGCUGGCGUAUUACCACCACGACUGGUUCCUGUUCAAAGAGUGGUGCGAGGUCGGAGCCGACUGCAUCACUCCGGGCCUCUACGCCAUGGUGGGGGCCGCAGCGUGUUUGGGUGGCGUGACCCGUAUGACUGUCUCCCUGGUGGUCAUCGUCUUCGAACUGACCGGCGGCCUGGAGUACAUCGUCCCCCUCAUGGCCGCCGUCAUGACCAGCAAAUGGGUGGGCGACGCAUUCGGCCGCGAGGGAAUCUACGAGGCCCACAUCCGUCUGAACGGAUACCCCUUCCUGGAUGCCAAGGAGGAGUUCACGCACACCACGCUGGCCAGAGACGUGAUGAGGCCCCGGAGCAGCGACCCGCCGCUGGCGGUGCUGACGCAGGACGACCUGACGGUCGAGGAGCUGCAGGGCGUCAUCAAUGAAACCAGUUAUAAUGGUUUCCCAGUGAUCGUGUCCAAGGAGUCGCAGAGACUGGUGGGCUUCGCUCUGCGCAGGGACAUCACUAUUGCUAUAGAAAACGCUCGCCGCAAGCAGGAGGGCAUCAUGUUGAACUCGCGGGUGUACUUCACCCAGCAUGCACCCACCCUGCCAGCCGACAGCCCCCGGCCCCUCAAGCUGCGCUCCAUCCUGGACAUGAGCCCCUUCACCGUCACCGACCACACCCCGAUGGAGAUCGUGGUGGACAUUUUCAGGAAGCUGGGGCUCAGGCAGUGUCUGGUCACUCACAACGGGAAUGUGUUGGGCAUCAUCACAAAGAAGAAUAUAUUAGAGCAUCUGGAGGAGCUCAAGCAGCAGACGCAGCCCCUGGCGGCUUCUUGGUAUUAUCACAAAAAAAGAUAUCCUUCGUCACAUGGCCCAAAUGGCAAACCAAGAUCCAGAGUCCAUCAUGUUCAACUGAUCCGCUCCUUCCAGGACGGCUGGGGGGGAGGAGGAUGUAGCGAGGAGGAAGAGGAGGAAGAGGAGGAGGUGUGCCUCCUGAACGGCUCCAAUCUCUGACAUCCGGACACCUUUUGUUUUAUUUCCUUUAACGUUCAGCUUUGCGGGCCCCCGAGCCUCACUGAAUGACUCGCUGUGGCCCCCCCCAGAGACUUUUGGGCCACCAGGAGGAGAAAAGCGACAAUGAAAACAUUGAUACUGUCGUCUGGCUGCUGAGGAGAGAAAACGGUCACGUGUUGAAGGCACUUUUUACACACACACACCCUUUUUUUUUGCACUCAGACACUUGAAACAUGCAUGCUGUCUCCAAACACACUAACACACACACACACUCACAUGCGCUGACCUGAAACGUUACACUUGUUUGCACUCUUGCUGCGCCUGCCCUCCUGUCCUGUGGGGGUCAAAAGGUCAGAAUGAACCGCAGACGAGGGAUGCGAUGAUGGGACCUCGAUACUUCCUGCGCCCUCACCUCCCCUCCAUAAAAACACACACAUACACACACACCUCUGACCUGUCCGUCCUCCAGAAACAAACAAAAAAAUAACACGUUGUUUACCUGUGAAGUAUGCAUGAGUGUGUCUGCAGCGCCUCCACAUUCCAGCCAGGUCACAAUGGGAACUGCACCCCAGCUACACGAGUUGGCUUUAAUAUCCGUCUCCCUGCGUUCGUGGAUGGGUGUGUGUGAGUAAACCCAGGAAGGGAUGCGCUGAGAUGGAGUCGGUACUUUAUUUCAAGAGCAAAAAUGUUCCCGUUCAGAAGGAAUGAAGAGAAGAAGGUGAAAAGUUUGGAUGUUUUUAUUUUUGAGCCACUAGUGUGCGAGUCUGUGUGUGCGAGUCCAUUAAUUAUGAAGGCAGGUUGUGUGUGUUUGUGUGUGUGGUUGAAGUAUAAAAUGAAAACUGUCAGAUGAAAACCUUGCUACUCAAUAUGAGGGUUUUUUUUUCCACUGGAACAUUUAAAAACACCUGAUCUCACUGCAGCCAAUCAGCUUGAUGCAUCAGAAUUGGUCUGUUUUGAUUGGUUGAAUUUGUUACAGUAAGAGUGACUCCUUUUUAACAUCUCUUUCCACAUACUUCAAAUUACAAAUUUUGUAAUCUGGAUAGAUUACAAAAUCCCCCCCAAAAUUAAUUUAUUUCAGUAAUUCCAAAAAAUGUAAUAAACAUGUAUGUGACGGAGUCUUUACACACGGUGUGAUUUCAGGCAUUUACUUGAGCUAAUUUUGACUAUAACAUACAC